GCGCGGCCAAUCAGAGUGAUGGAAUGUUUGGGAUGGCAGCAGUGAAAGCUUGUAGUUGUCUGUAGUUUCACAAAUUGAAGGCAAACAACAGCUUGUGCUCAUUCAGAGGACAGAUAUUACAAACAGUAGACAUUAAUCAGUAAGUGCUAUUUUCUUUGUUACAAUGUGGAUGUACGGGGUUUUGGUGCUCUUGUGGGCUGCUGUAGUGCGUGCCCAGUUUCCACGGGUUUGUGUGACACCAGAGGGGCUCCGGAGCGGUCAGUGCUGUCCGUCUCCGUUCGGCCGAGCCGCUGACCCGUGUGGAGUGAGCUUGAGAAGAGGGCAGUGCAUGCCGGUGCGAGUGGACUCGCGGCCUCACGGGCCUCAGUACCCUCACGACGGGCGGGACGAUCGCGAGCGCUGGCCUAUCAGGUUCUUCAAUCGCACCUGUCAGUGCAGUGGUAACUUUUCGGGUCACGACUGCGGGAGAUGCAGACAUGGGUUUACCGGACCCAACUGUGACCAGCCGGUGCCUGUAGUCAGGAGAAAUGUAAUGACGAUGAGCGCAAAUGAGAAGCGUGCCUUUGUAGACGCUCUGGACCAGGCCAAGCGUACCAUCCACCCGGACAUCGUAAUCACCACCCGCCGCUAUUCGGAGGUGUUCGGACCCGACGGGAAUACGCCGCAGUUCGAAAACAUCACCAUCUACAACUACUUCGUCUGGUCUCACUAUUACUCGGUCAGUAAAACCUUCCUGGGUGGUGGAGAGCCAAGCUUUGGAGGUGUGGAUUUCUCUCAUGAGGGUCCCGGUUUCGUCACCUGGCAUCGCUUCCACCUCCUGCAGCUGGAGCGGGACAUGCAGGACAUGCUGAGGGACCCGACGUUCGCACUGCCAUACUGGAACUUUGCUAUAGGAGGCAACCAGUGCGACAUCUGCACAGAUGACCUGAUGGGCGCACGCAGCAACUUCGACAUGAACAGCAUCAGCUCCAACUCCAUCUUCGCACAGUGGCGCGUGAUCUGUGAGAGCGUGGAGGACUACGACAGUCUGGGCACCAUCUGCAACAGCACGGAGAGUAACCCCAUCAGGAGGAACCCAGCGGGGAACGUGGCCCGGCCCAUGGUGCAGAAGCUUCCUGAGCCACAGGACGUUGCAGCCUGCCUGGAUGUGAGCACAUUCGACACCCCACCAUUCUACUCCACCUCGUCUGAGAGCUUCAGAAAUACCAUCGAAGGUUACAGCCACCCUGCGGGGGCCUACGACCCUGUGGUGCGAAGUCUGCACAACCUGGCUCACCUGUUCCUGAACGGGACAGGCGGAACGACGCACCUGUCCCCCAACGACCCCAUCUUCAUCCUGCUUCACACCUUCACCGACGCUAUCUUUGAUGAGUGGCUCCGGAGACACCCAGAAUCUGCUAUAUAUCCUCUGGAGAACGCUCCCAUUGGCCACAACAGAGAUUACAACAUGGUGCCUUUCUGGCCUCCCAUCACCAAUGCAGAGAUGUUUCUCACAGCACCAGAAAACCUGGGUUAUUCCUACGAGGUUGAGUGGCCGUCACGUCCCAUCACUCUGACUGAGAUCAUCACCAUCGCCGUGGUCGCAGCCCUCAUCGUCGUGGCGAUCAUCUUCGCCAUCACCACGUGUGCCGUUCGCUCCAGAUCGUACAAGAUGGACGGCAGACAGCCGCUGCUCGGAGAACAGUACCAGCGCUACGACGAUCACGACAGACACAACGACAAGACCCAGUCUGUGGUCUAAAACCACUGGUCCUAGCAACCGCAACCACUGCCCUCUGUCUCUCAGACAUUUUGUAUCAUUUCUAUGUGGUAGAUAGAGAGCGAGGCUCUAAAGCAUUACGUUUGUAAGUAUUUUCAGUAAAAGGAGAAGUGCCUCAAGCCAUACGUAGCCAAAGUCUGGGCACAACUCCUAACAUAGAAGAAAAAUGCCUAAUUGCACUUAGUCCUACAUUUACAUUUCAAAUGACACAAAAUUAGGUGCUAACACUGCUUCAGAAAUUGUUUGAUGUAAAUUUGUAAACAUAAAUUUGUAAUUGGUGCUUAUUUAACUGUUUUCAAUUGAAUGAAAACUCUGUAGACUAAUUCUGCAGUUGAACACAAUAAAAAAAAACAUUUA